AUGGCAUUGACAAUUAUUGUUGCAUCUGGUUCCAAUACAACAUUAUCAAGCUCCAUAUCUAACAACAUUGAAACACACCAUUGUCGAGCUAAAGCUUCCGCAAGGGGGAUUUCCCCUGUGUUCUCCGACAAGGACGCUGAUGCUGAUGCUGAUGCUCAUCAUCUGUCUUCUACCAAUGGAAUGUUUGUUGAUAAAUCGGUUUCCCUUUCGUAUCCUUUUAGACUACUUCUGGCUUAUCAGUACAAAGCCAGUCUCGCUUCACUUGAUUUUAAGAACCGGGGUGAUAGAGUGCUCCAUGAUGUGAAUUCAUUGAUUGAACGAAAGUCUAAUGGCCAUAUUACACAGCUUCUUCCUCCCGGGACAAUAACCAACUUAACCAGGCUUAUCUUUGCAAAUGCACUACGCUUCCAGGGUCUUUGGAAACACAAGUUUGAUGGUCCAAGAUACGAAUUCUCAUUUUUCCUCCUUAAUGGCACCUCUGUCAAGGUUCCCUUCAUGACAAUCAAGAAGAAGACACAUUAUAUUAGAGCUUUUGAUGGUUUCAAAAUCCUCCGUCUUCCUUAUAAACAAGGUAGAGAUAGAAAACGCCGCUUCUCCAUGUGCAUUUUUCUUCCCGAUGCCCGAGAUGGACUUUCAACUUUAAUUCAAAAAUUGUCUUCCGAGCCUGGUUUCUUGAAAGGCAAACUUCCUCGCCGAAAAGUGCGAGUAGAUGCCCUCGAGAUUCCAAAAUUCAAUAUUUCUUUUACAUUUGAAGCUUCUAAUGUGCUCAAGGAGGUUGGAGUGGUUUCACCUUUCUCCCCAAUGGAUGCAUGUUUUACAAAAAUGGUGGAGAGAAGAUUUUACCGGAACAAUCCUCUUUGUUGGGCAGGUGCUCAAUCCUCUUGAUGGAUUACCGGUCGAGGUUAGCCAU